AAAUAAUGAAAUACUGCAUUUGUUUACUAAAAAUAUAUAAUGAAUGUAUUAAUAAUAAUACAACACAUUUAUUAUUAUUUAAUCUUUUUUAUAUUCGGAAGUGUUUAAAAAUAACUACAUUUAAACUUUAAUUUCAAAAGUGAUUUAAAAUCAAUUGUCUCGAUUUUAAGUGGUUUAUCUGCACUUUAAACAGCAGGUAGCCGAAAGAAUGCAGUGCACUGAUUGGCCCAGUUAACACGAUCAUAUGACCGAAAGCAACAGGCAGAAAGAUAACAAAAAAGAUUUGUAAAGCUAGUCAAGAAUCCAUAACGCAACCGGAAAUGUAGGUCUAUCCUAAGUGUAAGUAUUAAUAUAUCAAAUAAUAGAAUAUCUCUCGUUUCUCCUGGUGAAAUAUUCGGAUUUACUUUAUUCAUUGACCAGGCAUAAUAUAUAUUAUAUUCAUGUUGAAAUACAUUCAAAAUAAUUAAAACAUUUUAACUAGCUAGUCAGCAGCUUUUACGCUGAAAGUCCCCACCGGAAGUGAUCUCCGUACUAUUGACGGUUGUACGUCACAUGAUAAUGUUUCCUGAUUUGAGAGCCACAGAGGCUGGACUCGGGCAGUCUUAAACAGAUAUAUAGAUAUUUUAAACUUAGUUUAUUUUGAUGUCGAGGUUUAAUCCGCGGGUUUUAUUUCAAAGAAAAUGUUUUAAUUGUUCAUACUUUCCUUGCGGUCGCUAGGUAACGCUAUCAGAACGCGUCACUAACUUCCGAGAUAAAACACACACGGGAAGCGUUUAUGAGCGCGCACACAUAGCUCGCCCGUGACAGCGCGCGAGGGGCUCGCGAGGAGGAGGCCAGGUCGCACGAUGACGGAGCGGACCCCUCUUCUCCACUACCGCCUGUCCACCAGCGUCAAUGAGUCCGAGCCGCGGUGCUCUUCGCCCGGGCAGGCCCCGGCGCAGCACCCGGGGACCCCGCGGCAGCGGGCCGCCCCGCCGCGGCAGCCCGAGAAGCUCUCCAUCUUCUUCGGCGUGGUGAUCCCGACGCUGCUGUCCAUGUUCAGCGUGGUGGUGUUCCUCAGGAUAGGAUUCAUGGUGGGCUAUUCCGGACUGUACCAAGGCAUCGCCAUGCUCCUGGUGGCCUACUUCAUCAUCUGCAUGACGGUGCUGUCGGUCUGCGCCAUCUCCACCAACGGAGCCCUGGACGCCGGAGGGGCCUAUUACAUGAUCAGCAGGGCAAUGGGUCCGGAGUUCGGCGGCAGCAUCGGCAUCAUGUUCUUCCUGGCCAACGUGUGCAGCAGCGCCCUCUUCGUGCUCGGCCUGGUGGAGGCCAUCAUGGACACCUUCGGAAUCCCUGAAGGGUCUGUGCCCAUCCCCCCCUACCAGGUGCUGCCGACGGGCUACUGGUGGUCCCUGCUGUACGGCACGGGGGUGGCCCUGCUGUGCCUGCUGGUGUGCCUGGUGGGCGCCCACAUCUACGCCAAGGCCACCUUCCUCAUCUUCCUGGUGGUCAUGUUCGUCCUGGGCACCGUCUUCGUUAGCUUCUUCGCGGUGCACCCGCGCACCGUCGUGCUGCCUGUAGCCUUCAACGGGACGGGCCCCACCACCGCCAACUUCACCGGCUUCAAGCUGGACACGCUGCUGGGGAACCUGUGGGAAGACUACACCGUGGACUACACCACCAACACCAUGAUGACCUUCGCCACCGUGUUCGCCGUCAUGUUCAACGGCUGCACCGGCAUCAUGGCCGGCUCCAACAUGUCAGGUGACCUGAAGAACCCGAGCUACUCCAUCCCCUGGGGAACCAUCACCGCCGUCAUCUUCACCUUCAUCAUCUACAACAUGCUCAGCAUCAUGGUGGCCUGCUCCUGUGACCGGGUGCUGCUGCAGAGGGACUACAGCUUCCUGAGGGACAUCAACGUGUGGAACCCGUUCGUCACCGUGGGCGUCUACUGCUCCACGCUGUCCGCCGCCAUGAGCAACCUCAUCGGGGCCUCGCGCAUCCUCUACGCCCUGGCCAGGGACGACCUGUUCGGUACGGUCCUGUCCCCGGCCAAGAGGACGUCCUCCAGUGGGAACCCCUGGGUGUCGGUGCUGCUCUCCUGGUUCCUGGUGCAGCUGGUGCUGUUCUCUGGGAAGCUCAACACCAUCGCCAGCAUCGUCACCAUCUUCUUCCUGCUGGUGUACGCGGCCGUAGACCUGGCCUGCCUGUCCCUGGAGUGGGCCUCCGCCCCCAACUUCAGGCCCACCUUCCGCUACUUCACCUGGCACACCUGUGUUCUGGGCAUCGUGGGCUGCGUGGUCAUGAUGUUCUUCAUCAACGCCAUCUACGCCUCGGCCAGCAUCGCCUUCAUGCUGCUGCUGCUGCUGCUCAUCCACUACCUGAGCCCCACCUCCAGCUGGGGCUACAUCAGCCAGGCGCUCAUCUUCCACCAGGUGCGUAAGUACCUGCUGAUGCUGGACGUGAGGAAGGACCACGUGAAGUUCUGGAGGCCUCAGAUCCUCCUGAUGGUCUCUAACCCCCGAGGCAGCACCGGACUCAUCAAGUUCAUCAACGACAUCAAGAAGAGCGGCCUCUACGUGUUGGGACACGUCCAGCUGGGGGACCUCGACACUUUACCAUCAGACCCCCUGCAGUCCCAGUACGACUCCUGGCUCUCACUGGUGGACCACCUGAACAUCAAAUCCUUCGUCAACUUGACGUUGGCCGACUCGGUGCGUCACGGCGUGCAGCACCUCCUCUUCAUCUCCGGACUGGGCGGGAUGCGCCCCAACACCCUCAUCCUGGGUUUCUACGACGACCGCCUCCCGAAGGACAAGCUGGUGGACCCGGCGCUCGCCGUGGAUCCGUCGGCCUCGCCGCGGGACGCCGAGCGAGAGCCGCCCCUCUUCCACUUCGCCUCCCUUCGGGGGUCCGACGGCGGCGGCGAGCCGUCGGACGGGAAGGUCCUCGGCGCCCGCGAGUACGUGGCGAUCAUCGCCGACGCCAUGAAGAUGCUGAAGAACGUGGUUUUGGCGCGCGACUUCAACGGCUUCGACCGCGCCCGCGUCCUCUCGCCGCCCGGCGUCGUGUUCGUGGACGUGUGGCCCGUCAACCUGCUGCGGCCCGACAGCUGCAGCUACGUGGACACGUGCUCGCUGUUCCUGCUGCAGCUGGCCUGCAUCCUCACCAUGGUGCGCGCGUGGCGCCGCGCGAGGCUCCGCCUCUUCCUGUGCGUGGAGGCGGGGCGCAGCGUGCGCGGCUCGGAGCAGAAGCUGGGCCAGCUGCUCAAGGAGCUGCGCAUCAAGGCGCAGGUGUUCGCCGUGCCCUGGGACCAGCAGGUGGCGCUGCACUGGCAGCGGCAGGCCGAGGGGGCGAAGAAGCCGGCGGCGGCGGCGGAGGAGGAAGGCGACUACGUCAACAGCUUCCCGAGCAACGCCACGCGCCUCUCGGACGCCUACCUGUCGGCCGUCAACCGGCUGAUCCUGGACGCCGCGCGCCCCGCCCCCGCCGUGCGCUUCCUGUACUUGCCCCGCCCCCCCGCCGACACCAGCCGCUACGCCACCUACCUGCAGCAGCUGGAGCUGCUGACCCGCGACCUCGGCCCCACGCUGCUCAUCCACGGGGUCACGCCCGUCAUCACCACCGACCUCUGAGGCGCCGCUCCUGGCAACGCCGGCAAGACUUCUGAGGCUCUGAUGUCAUCGGUAUCGAUGUGCGAGUCAAGUCGGCAUCGAACCUCCGACCGCGGCGCCCUCGCCCUCGCCCG